AUUGAUUUUUUCUACAGGAAUUUCUCCACCAAAUACAAGGAUGUCAUCUCUAAAAGUCUUCUGAUCCAACCAGGAUCUCCUGCUAUCUACCAGCUAAAGCUAAAAAAGGAGGAGCUUGGACCUCUGACAAAAGUAACCUUGGGUAAAAAGAACAUCAGCAAGAUAAACAAAAUCAUCUUACUUGUUGGAGAAUCAGGGGCUGGAAAAUCAACCCUGAUCAACACGAUGGUCAACUACACCAUGGGAGUUAAGUGGGAGGAUAAAAUCUGGUUUCAGAUUGUAGAGGAGGACGGGAGGAGUCAGUCUGACAGUCAGACAUCAGACGUGAUUGUGUACGAGAUCUUUGGAUUUGAAGGUAAAACUAUGCCGUUCUCCCUGACCAUCAUCGAUACUCCUGGAUUUGUUGAAUAUGACGCAAUAGUCAGUCACAGAUUGUUUGACUUGUUUCGAUCAGAAGACGGAGUUCAUGAGAUUCAUGCAGUGGGUUUGGUGAUGAAGGCUACAGAUAAUCGUGUUAGUGACAGGUUAUCAUAUGUCCUGAACUCAGUGAUGUCUCUUUUUGGAAGAAACCUUGAGAACAACAUUGUUGCUCUUCUCACUCACUCAGAUGGACAGAGACCCAGAAACGCCAUCGAAGCCCUUCAACAAACAAAAAUUAAAUGUGCCAAAAAUGAAAAGAACCAGCCUGUUCACUUUCUGUUUGAUAACUGCCAGAAUGAAGACCGAACAGAAGAAGACGACGCAGAAUUCCUGCAAAUGGCAGACAAAAUUUCAGACAAAGGAAUGAGAGCACUCACAGGAUUCCUGGAAAAAACUGCACCUACAAGACUGAUGACCACUGCUGAAGUUUUGAAUGAGCGCAUCAGCCUGAUAUCCUCUCUCCAAAACCUCCAGGACAGAAUCCAACUGACUGAACAGAAAGAGGUGGAAAUUAAUAAAACCCUAGAAGCUAUCAGGAAACAUUCAGAGGAAAUGAAGAAGAAUAAAAACUUCACUGUAGAAAUUACAGAAGUCUACAAGGCGAAGGAACCUACUAAAGGUAAAAAGUUGAUGAGGCUUAGUUAUUUUGAAAAAGCUGUGUGCUGCACAGUCUGUGAGGAAAACUGUCACUAUCCUGGAUGUACACUUGUUCCGAGUCCGCAACACUGCGAGGUGAUAAAGAGAGGCCGCUGCACUGUCUGCACUGGGAAGUGUCCUGCAUCGGCUCAUGUGAGAGAGGCCUGGAGAUAUGUCAACAAGACCAGAAGAGUUCAGUGGACUGUGAAAGCUAUGGAAGAGAAGUAUAUGAAGAACAAGGCUGACUGUGAGAAGAAGUUAAGUCUUUUAGAACAUAUGCAAAAGGAAUUGAAGGAACUUUCAACAGAGAAGUCCCAACUUGUUGAAGAAGCUUCAAACAUGUGGUCAGACUGGAGCAGAUCGCCCUGA